AUGUUCCUGAGCCCUGGCGAGGGUCCCAUGGCUGAGGGUGGGGGGCCGGCACCCUGUGAGGAAGCCCCCAAGAAGAAGCACCGGAGGAACCGCACCACCUUCACCACCUACCAGCUGCACCAGCUGGAGCGGGCGUUUGAGGCCUCCCACUACCCGGACAUUUACAGCCGCGAGGAGCUGGCAGCCAAGGUGCACCUGCCGGAGGUGCGCGUGCAGGUGUGGUUCCAGAACCGUCGAGCCAAGUGGAGGCGUCAGGAGCGUCUGGAGUCCAGCUCAGGGGCUGUGGCAGCCCCAAGGCUUCCUGAUGCCCCAGCACUACCAUUUGCCUGCCCUCCAGCCAUGCCCCUGCCCCUGGAGUCCUGGCUGGGCCCCGGGCCACCCGGCAGGCCAGGCUUCACUCACCUCCUAGGCCCGGCCCCGGGGCUGCAGCCAGCCUUUGGGCCUCAUGCCCUUGGUUCGGCCUUUGUGGAAAGCUUCACCCUGGAGGAGGCAUCCCUUCGGCUACUGGCCAAGGAGCACGCACAGGCUCUGGACAGGGCCUGGCCACCGGCUUGA